CCUGUCCCACGUUGGCGCAUAGCAGGAAGAGAAAUGUGUCCUCUAGUCAUGUUAGCAGUCUGUUUUCAUAAGACUUAAGACUUAUGGCGCCUCGUUAACGUCGUGCAUUUUCGCAGUCCCAGUUGGGCAGUGUAAAUAAGAUAGGCUGGAAAUAAACGAUGUCGGUGAACCGGUGUUUCUAUAUGUUUUCUUGGCUUCGUCGCCAUGUUAAUACUCGAACAGCUCGCCUGGCCAGUAGUAGCUGUCAUGCGUCUUCUCGCUCUGUUUCGUUGCAUAGAGAGCACCCGAUGUGUGCCGUGGUUAGCAGCAGAAAUUGUUCUUCAUCCUCCAAACCUCCGGACACAUCUCUUUUUGUUCCUCUCACGCUGAAGACCGACCGGGCUGCUGAAGGGUCUGUGGGAGCGGAGCUGACCCAGCCUCUGGAUAAAAAUGAACUUUUGAAAAUUGUGAACCGUUUUUACAAGAGGAAAGAGAUGCAGAAGCUGGCUGCAGAAAAUGGACUGGAUGCACGACUCUUCCACCAGGCCUUUAUCAACUUUAGGAAAUAUAUCUUGGAGGUGACAUCACUACCCGCCGAUCUGCACAUUAUUCUCAGCGACAUUUCUUGCGGAGCAGGUCACAUCGAUGACAUCUACCCAUACUUUAUGCGACACGCCAAGCAGAUAUUUCCCAUGCUCGAAUGUAUGGAUGACCUGAGGAAGAUCUCCGACCUCAGAGUUCCUGCCAACUGGUACCCGGAGGCCCGAGCCAUCCAGAGGAAGGUCAUCUUUCACGCUGGCCCCACCAACAGCGGCAAAACCUACCACGCCAUCCAACGCUACUUGGCUGCAAAGUCAGGGGUCUACUGCGGACCCCUCAAACUUCUCGCCCAUGAGAUCUUCGAGAAGAGCAACGAGGCGGGUGUGCCUUGUGACUUGGUGACUGGUGAGGAGAGGACAUUUGUGGACAGUGAAGGUCGAAUGUCUGCUCAUGUGGCCUGCACAAUCGAAAUGUGCAGCGUCACAACGCCAUAUGAAGUGGCUGUGAUUGAUGAAAUUCAAAUGAUCAGGGAUCUUUCUCGUGGCUGGGCCUGGACCAGAGCUCUGCUAGGUCUCUGUGCGGAGGAGAUUCAUGUGUGCGGGGAACCUGCUGCCAUCGAAUUUGUCCGAGAGCUGAUGUACACCACUGGAGAGGAAGUGGAGGUCCACACCUACGAGCGCUUAACACCAUUCUCCAUCCUGAACAGCGCCGUGGAGUCUCUGGACAAACUGAGACCAGGCGAUUGCAUCGUGUGCUUCAGUAAAAACGACAUCUACUCCAUAAGCAGGCAGAUUGAAGCCAGAGGGCAGGAAUGUGCUGUCAUUUAUGGAAGUUUACCUCCAGGCACCAAACUCUCUCAGGCCAAGAAGUUCAACGACCCCGAUGACCCCUGCAAAAUUUUGGUAGCAACGGAUGCAAUCGGAAUGGGCCUCAAUUUGAGCAUCAAACGCAUCAUCUUCAACAGUCUGGUGAAGCCCAACGUCAACGAAAAAGGGGAGAAGCAAAUGGAGACCAUCAGCACGUCACAGGCUCUCCAGAUUGCCGGGCGAGCUGGAAGGUACUCCUCCAAGUUCAAAGAGGGGCAGGUUACCACCAUGCACAGAGAUGAUCUUCCAAUCCUGAAGGAGAUACUUAGUCACAAAGUGGAGCCCAUUGAGACUGCAGGUCUUCACCCCACCGCAGAGCAGAUUGAGAUGUUUGCUUAUCAUCUACCUGAUGCUACUCUCUCUAACCUUGUUGACAUUUUUGUGAGCCUCUCCCAAGUGGACGGUCUGUAUUUUGUCUGCAACAUUGACGACUUUAAGUUCCUGGCAGACAUGAUUCAGCACAUCCCCCUCAACUUGAGGUCUCGCUAUGUUUUCUGCACGGCUCCCAUCAACAAGAAGCAGCCUUUCGUGUGCACGUCUUUCUUAAAGUUUGCCCGGCAGUUCAGCCGGGAUGAACCCUUGACCUUCGAUUGGGUUUGUCGCCAUAUCAACUGGCCUCUGGCUCCACCCAAAAACAUAAAAGACCUGGUUCACCUGGAAGCUGUUCACGACGUGUUGGAUCUUUACCUCUGGUUAAGUUACCGUUUCAUGGAAAUGUUUCCUGAUACUGCCUUGGUGCGAGAAAUUCAACAGGAAUUGGACACCACCAUCCAAGAGGGUGUCCGGAACAUCACCCGUCUCAUCCGAGCCACAAAUCCGGCCAUCACUGGCCCGCUCCAGAUGCAGAAAAAUAGUGACCAAACCGGCGCCACUGGUAGCCCUUCAUCAGGAGUUCGAAGAGGUCCAAGCACUUUGAGACGCUCGGGACAGGCCGUGGACAGCUCACUGACGAGCCGCCUGGUGAGAGACGGACUCUUGACGUCCGAGAUGUUGCAACAGUUGGAAAGGGAGUGGUCUAAAGGACAAAAAAAGGAGUCCACCAAUCAGAGUGAAUUAAAUCUUAAAAUGAACAAUAAUGGCAACAAAGACAGUAAGAGGAAAAAGAGAAAAUGAACCAUCAUCUAGGACAUCAGGUGAGCUGGACUGAAGGUUUUUUUCUUUUUUUUUUUUUUUUUUUUUUAAAUGUUCCCCUACCCAAUAGAAAAUAGACGUGUAAGUCUUUAUUGGAUAAGAAACCUGCGAACGUCACACUUCUAACAAUGUAUGUGCAAAAGUAUAUUUUCACCCCACAACCAGUGAAUGGAGCAGUCAAAUUAUACAAUUAUGAAUUACAAUAUUUAGAAUAGUUCCUUAAUAAAAAAUAAUGUUUUGUAUGAAAA